AUGCUCCGGCGAUGGCAUAAGAAAGCAACAUUUCGCCGCAUUCGCGGUGUUCCGUCUGAUGUGCCAGCGGGACACGUGGCAAUAUCCGUGGGAAGUAGUUGCCGGAGGUUCGUUGUGCGUGCGACGUACCUGAAUCAUCCAAUUUUCGAGAAACUGCUCGCUCAAGCUGCGGAAGAAUACGGAUUCGCAAAAUCGGGGCCGAUCGCCAUUCCCUGUGACGAGUCAGUAUUCGAGGAGAUCCUCCAAUUCUUGGCCCGACCGGACUCGGUUAGAUCAUCACGGUGCAUCAAUCUCGACGACUUCCAGAGAUGCUACCACGUGGGAAUCGGGAACAGUAACCUUCAUUUUUUCGGCGAAUCUAGGCCGUUGCUUAGUGGUUACAUUGCCGGAUCUGUUUAA